AUGGCGGACGAUUCGACUGUCGAAGAGACCAAGCAGACAGUAAUCCAGCGCUUCCGAGCCUGGGGUGAAAACUCAUUCCCACCCACCUUGCUCGCCUCCAUGAUCACAGCCCAGCACAUGCGCCCCUUCCAGUUCUUCCCAAUGCUCUUUCCGCCUGUGCUGAUCUUCUCCAGCUAUGCCAACUUGCAGGGCUUCAAGACGGACACUGCCGGCAUCAGCGCGGCAUUCUCCGGGCUGUAUCUGCUUCUCGCAGCUCGCCGUCGACAGCCAUUCAUGAAGAAGCUGGGUGUUCGUGGUGUCGUGCGCGGUGCGACUAUGGGUUUGGCUUUAGUCAACAUGGUCGGUGGUGGGUUGGCGUACACUCUAGGUAAGAGGGAAGAGGAAGAGGAUGCGUCAUGA